AUGGUCAAAGUCGUCGUUGCUGGAGCCACAGGAGUCGUGGCUCGGGAGGUCAUCGAUAAAAUCAUCGCCAAGAACAAACAUGACGUUGUUGGCCUAAGUCGCAAUGUGGUCACAGAGUCUGGAGACGACGGUAUCAAGUGGGUACAGGUUGAUUACCAGAGCCAAGACUCCCUUGUCAAGGUUCUGGAGGGUGCGGACACUGUCCUGUGCUUCUUCUCGGGUACCUCGAUGGCCGAUACGCAGAAGAACAUCAUCGAUGCGGCAAUCAAGGCUGGUGUUCGCCGAUUUGCACCAUCCGAAUGGGGAACCAGCAAGAGCAAUGGCGGUGUGGCAUUCUACGCAUUCAAAGACGAGGUCCGAGCCUAUCUGGAGAAAGUGAAUGCGGAGAAAAAAGUUCUCGAAUAUACCCUAUUCCAGACAGGUCUCUUCACGGACUAUUUUGGCCACCCCUACGGGACUACCAGACAUCUGAAGCCGAUUCAGAUGUACGUCGACUUUAACAACCGUCGAGCAAUAGCGGUGGGUGACGGAGACUCCCCCAUUACGCUCACGACAGUCAACGACAUAGCUUCUGUGGUCACAGAGGCCAUCGACUAUCUUGGGGAGUGGCCUGUGAUCGGUGGCAUAUCGGGAACCCAGACAACAGUUGGUGGAUUGAUUCGCCUUGGAGAGAAGCUUAGAGGCGACUUUACUGUGGACAAACUGGCUCUUGAGGAUCUCGAAGCAGGCGAGCUCAAGAGCUCCUGGUACCCACUCAUCGAUCAUCACAGCGUUCCGGAAGAUCUUCGCCAUCAAAUGUCCAAGGGAGCAACUAUUGAGUUUGUGCGAGCUGGUGCUAUGGGUACUUGGAGCGUUUCGGAUGAAUGGAACCGACUGCUUCCGGGUUAUCGCUUCACGAGCGCAGAGGAAUACCUCACGAAGGUCUGGGAAGGAAAGCCGUAA